CACCACGGUAGUGGUGUAGUAACCAUUCACUGAUCACCACACAGGUGAAGAGAAUAACCUUGACUUUAGUUUGAAGUGUGCUGUCUUGUGGCGAUGGUUGCUUCAAAAGCAAGCCACAGUUUGAGGUAGUCUAGUGUGUUGCAGAAAUGAUGCUGGGAGCCCUUUUACUCGGAAUUGCCACUCUAUCGGCACAUAAAGUGGAGUGUGCCACAAAUUAUCAGGACCAAGCUAUUUCCAUUCCAUACAAUUCGAGCUUUGGACUUCCCACAUUCGGCACCUUAAACGGAACAGUCACUGAACUGGAUGUGCUCUCAGCUGCCAUCAAGCUAAAUCGGACCAAUGCUCACUUAAACUGUGCCUCAGGAUUUAUGAAGAUUGAUCUCACCUUCGAGAAGGAGUUCUACGGCAUCGUUUAUCCUGAUUUCGAUCGCAACAGUCCGUGUAAAAUUCAUGGCGAAGGAAAAUUAUUGGAAACAAUUGAACUUCCUCUGAAAGGCUGUGGAACCCUGCAGAAACCAGCCAGGGUAUUUACGAAUAACAUUGUAGUACGGUUUCAUCCGGAUCUUGAAAUCGACGGUGAUGAAGUCAUAACAUUGGUGUGCAGGUACCCUCCUCCGAUUGCACCCGCUCCAAUCGUACCAGUUCCGUUGCUACUGCCUCCUCCGGAAGCCACACCUACGCUCAAGCCCCUUCGAGAGUUUGAAAUCUUGCUUAUUAUUUGCGCCAUCAUUUUUCUCGCUCUCAUGCUAUUGGGAAUAGGCUGCUCAUAUUAUUGUUUGAAGAAGAGGAACAUAAAGGUCGUGCGACGAAAACCCGCCAGUUCCUUGGGCUCCGAUGUGACAAAAAUAUCAGAACCUGUGUCACUCUUCAGUGGCCUCAAGAUUCCUCGGGCGCAUGCUUUGGACGAAUCUGGAAGCGAGGAGGUGGCAGAAUCUGUGAACACAGAAAUUCAUUCUGACAUCAACAGUAUUCUGACGGAAGAUGAAUAUACUAGUGCAUAUUCGGAUAAGAUGUGUAUUUUGUCCGAAGGCCGUGUUCAGAGUAAGUUGCAUGAUCCCCCGGCACCCACCUUUGAUAUCAGGUUGGCGGUUAACAAUGUUGACGUGGGAGCAUUCACUCCCACUCCAUCGGUUGUGAGCUCUGAUGCAGACACAAUGCUUCAAGCUCAAGAGCAAUAUCUGACCACCAUUCUUGAACGGACUGAGACAAACACACGUGAACGGUUAGAGCACAUUCGACGCCAAAAGCAACAUGCAGGACCACCACCGGUACACGCCAGGAUCAAUGUCAGCAACGCUCAAAUCACAGACCAAUCUGAAGUCGAAUCCUUGUCGGAGUACUCAAGGGCUGGAACAGAGGCAUUCAGUGACCAAGAUUUGGAAUUAGAAUCCAGAGAGAUCAAGAGCUUUUCAGUUCUGGGAGUAACUGACACAAGUAGGACUCGGGAACAAAUGAGUGCUGGACCCGACCAGGGUGCGUAUUCCAAGGACGAGAAAAACUUUUACGAUAGAGUUGGUCAUCAGCACCAACACCUCUCACGCCAAGAUAGGCAAGGUCAACGACAACAACAACAUCGACAACAGCAACAACAACAACACGUCUUGGAGGAACAAAGAAUGGACAGCUCUUGGAGUUUCGAAAGUCGACAAAUGCACGACAUGGAAGAAACCCGCCAUAUGAGCCACACCGAGGGUGCCAUCGAAUCUAUGAUAAGCCCAAACAUCGUCCGAACGGCAGCUUCCACCUAUUCCACGGAUCGGCCUAAACUCAGUAACUUUGAUGUUCUCAUUCGCAUUAUUGAGAACAACGACAGUUUUCAACAUGUGGGUGAUGACUCAGGCAGCUCUAUUUUCACUGAAGAAGAACGCAUCAAUAUCAAGGAUGCUAUUCUGGAAGAUACAAGGCUGCGCACUCACCUGGAGCGAACGGUUCAACGAUCGGACGUCCUCCAAUUGUGGCAUGACUCUCCGACCCUACAAUCUUCCAUUUCACCCGAAAAAUGGAACGUUGUGAUUCGGAUCUUUAACUCACAUGAUGAUUGCUUUGCUGAGGUCGACAGAGAGUCAUCAAACUCGUCUGUAACACAAAACAGUUACGGAUUUUCUGGUGCUCAUCAAUCCAUCCAAUCAACAGGGUUAAGGUCUGUGGCCGAUCGGUCAGCUACAGAAAUAACGGAAUUUCACCACGUUUAUUCCCAAAAAAUGGAUUGGACUACAGACUAAUUGCAACAUUUACCAUGCUGUAAACAUUGAUAAAUCACUAAUAAACAGGGAACUCUUUA